CUGCUGUAGAAAUUAUUGGCAUUAGAAUGGGUGAGCUCAGGGGUCUUUCAAGAUGGCGCUCUUGUUACCUGGGUAUUGGUUUGGAUGAGACACUGGUGGACAAUGCAGUAGAAAAGGCUGGAAUGCUGCUUGUACAGGUUGAGCGAUUCAUAAGGGUGCUCUCAUCUGUUGUGCAGCAGUUUGCAAAUUUCUUCAGCUGGCUUCUGAAAUGUAUAAAGCAACUUAUGUCAGAGCCAAGUGAUCAACUUUUAACAUACAAUAGCUUCUGGAUCUAUCCGAGGCUGAUGAAGAAAUGGACAUUGAUUUCAUAUGUUGCUAAUGACAGGGUCAAUAAGAUGUUUUACAUUAUUGUUUCAGAGAAACUAUGA